GAGCUCGGUGCGCAACCGACCUCGCGACCAAAACAAUAACAAAGGUGACGUCCUCAGUGUCCGCCUCCUCUUGCCUCAUGCCAGUCCCUUACACCGACGCUGAGGACACUUGGCAGAAAAGCAGGUGAGCGAGCUGACGCGGCGCCUGCAUGAGUGGUCGCUCCGGAACCUGACGGCGUGGGAGCGAGAGCGGCGCGAGAGGCUGUGCGAGACGCUGCAGAGUGCGCUGAAGAAGGCGCAGAUGGACUUCAGGGACGGGAGAACCAGCGGGGGGGUGAUGGGAGGAUCCAGUGGGAUGGGCUCCUCUGGGUGGGGCGUGGAAGACGAGGAGGAGGGCGGGGCUACUGGCCACGCCCCCACGCACCAGCUACGCCAGCAGCAGCAGCGGAUUAUGCAAGAGCAAGACACGGGCCUGGAGGCGCUGUCGAAGGUCAUCUCCCAGCAGAAGAGAAUAGCGUCGGCGAUCGGCACCGAAGUCGAGGACCAAAACCAGUUGAUCGACGACAUCACAGACCGGACGACGCAUGCGCAGACCCGGCUGGUCGACGAGACAGACCACAUCUCGACGGUCACUCGACAGACCAGGACCUGGCCCUACUGGUUGGUGAUCACCCUGCUCUUUGUGGCCAUAAUUAUUGUCGUGUUGUGGUAAAGAAGCCUUUUUAGAUGUGAAAAAGAGGAAAUAGGAAGGAAGGAAAGAAAGGAAGAAGAGAAAAGAAGGAAGGAAAGAGAGGAAACAGAAGAAGGCGUGCAGCGGAAGGGGGAGGUGUGGACAGAAGGAGAAAUGGAAGAGGAAAAGAUUCAAAGGAGGAAGAAGAAGAAGAAGAAGAAGAAGAAAAAG